GACCUUGCCUUUUUGAUCGUCUUCGACAUUGAGUAAACGGUCAACGUACACCGUAUUGAUGACCGGGCAGUCUGUUCUACAAGCCAGAAAUGGCCGCCUCUGAGCCAUUGAUUGCUGCUCGAGGGGAUCGGGACAGCAUUUCCGAAAGUCAAUAUGACGCGCUGCUUGGUCAGGAUCACGUUGAACAGAGUGAUGAGGAAGUGACGGACAACAAGCGCCAGGGAUUAUUUGCGUAUCUACGUACCAAGGAUUUCUGGACUAUUCUACUGCUUGGACAAACCCUGGCCAUCCUCAAUACGUCGAGCAGUACGUUCACCUCUCUCCUCGAAGCGCAGGGGACAUCAAUACCGGCCUUUCAGACAUUUUUCAACUACGCCCUGCUGAAUAUUGUCUUUACAUCGUUUACAAUCUACAAAUAUGGGUUUAAGCACUGGGCACAGAUUGCGCGAAGUGACGGAUGGAAAUAUAUACUAUUUGCCUUUUGCGACGUCGAGGGAAAUUACUUCAUCGUUCUCGCGUACCGAUACACGACCAUCCUCAGCGCACAAUUGAUUAAUUUCUGGGCCAUUGUGGUGGUGGUUAUCCUCUCCUUUUUGACACUCCACGUGCGCUAUCAUACCAUGCAAAUACUAGGAAUAUCAAUUUGUAUCGGAGGCAUGGGCAUCCUACUAGCAUCAGAUCGGAUUACAGGGAGUACCUCCGAAGGGGAAGCUCUAGAUCCCGUCAAAGGAGACCUCUUCGCCCUCCUCGCCGCAACAUUCUACGGCUUCUCCAACGUCGUCGAAGAAUACUUUGUCAGCAAACGACCCGUUUACGAAGUAAUAGGGCAACUCUCAUUUUGGGCCACAAUCAUCAACGGUAUUCAAGCUUUUACCUUAGACCGGUCAUCAUUCGAAACCGCAACCUGGAACAGACCCGUGCUUCUCUAUCUGUUGGGUUAUACCAUAUGUUUAGCCAGCUUUUACACCACUGCACCCUUGAUCUACCGCCUGGCUUCAGCCGCGUUUAUGAAUAUAUCUAUGCUCACGGGUAAUUUCUGGGGUGUACUUAUCGGCGUGUUUGUGCUGAAAUUGCAGAUUCAUUGGUUAUACCCCCUCGCAUUCGUGAUGAUUCUCCUGGGUCAGUUUGUAUACUAUCUCGGCCCGCCACGACGAGAUGGCAGUUUGGGCGAGGCAAGGAAACCGUGGUUAGGCCGGAAUCAGGAGCAAGGUGUAUCGGGGAUAUUUACGGCGAGGAGGAGGAUUGUUGAUAGGGCUCGAGAUGUUGUUUCUGCCGACGGGCUUGCGGGGUGAAUAGCAGAUCCGAUUAUAUGCGGAUGUUUCAUUCUAUGCAUCAUGACAGACAGGUUUCGGGAGACUUUCUAUGCAUUAUUUCAUCAUACAUGGUCUGAUUCACGGACGGGACAGGCAGGACAUGACUCGCGGUGGCCACCUUUCUGACUCUACUAAGUAUAUAAGUAAUAGACAUGAAAAAACGACAGGAUACAACAUGCUCCAUAGAUAUUGAAUUCCCGGUUAAACUAUACCUCCCAUAUACAAUUGUAAUCAAGAGAGAUCGAACUUAGAGCGGAAACAACGACACUAUUCAUAGAGGAAAUGGAAAAAGUGUUAUAAAACAAGAAGAAUUAAAAUUGUACCAAAACCAAACGCAACAAUCAAUCACAUACUUGAGGGGGAAAAUAGAAACCCAUUCCAUGCAGCAAGUCCGCAGUCAUCAUCAAAACGCUCAGAAGCGCAAAGCAUAAUGAGACUCCCAAAAUGAGAAGAAAAAAAAAAUGGAAAAUGGAACCCAAAAAAAAUUGAGCCAAGAAAAUAAUGAAAAAACCAGAUGCAUCAGACCAGUUUCGGGCGAAUAGAAAACUCCUUCGAGAAAAAGAAACCCAGAGCAAGACCCCCUCCUCUUUGCCAACCAGUUCCAGGGCCAAACACAGUCAGUAAAAACAAUAGACAAGAAUGAUUCCCAACCAAAAAAGAAAGCAUGCCGUGCUCCAAUGACCUUUCCAAUAUAUCAACCAUUUCCAAGAACCGGACAACUUGCAAAAAACACACCGACGCAAAUAAUAAAGGAAUAAACAGUAAUCCCUUCCUUGACUUCUCACAAAAUAUGUACGUUCGCUUUUGUCGCCCCCCCCAAAGAAAUAACCAUUAAAUCCAGUUAUGCUGCCACUCACAACGCCGCGGUGCUUUGAAUACACAGCAGGUACCAGAAUCCGAGAUAAGAAGAACCGAGAGAGAGAGAAAAAAAAGAGCAUUUGUAAGAAUAUCGAAAGUGGCUCUAACCCCAAACGGAAGCUUGUACUCCAAGGUUCUUAGAGCCCCAAACGCCGCUGUUGCUGCCCC